AUGAAGAUUGAAAGGCCAAUAGAAAAGCGAUUCACACAGCCACCAGAAAACAUUUCAAACAUCAUACGAAAUCUGGAAAGUGUGCCAGAAAGCGAGAUAGCCGUAUAUUUGACCAAUAUAAACGAGUGGAGGCACACAAAAACCGAUCUGUUCUACUGGGUUUCUGUUUUGGACAGAUUGGAUAUGGUACUGAAGAACAUGCUGAGCGAGUACAAUAUAGAGCAGUUUCAGAACAGGCCCCUGUCGAAGGAAGACAAGGAAAAGGCCCAUGCGAUACUGAAGUUUCAGAAGCUACUGGUGGAGAACAGCUCUAACAAAAGCCUGUUCAGCUCGUUCGACGUGAUAGAGCCGUUUAUCUACUCGUUUGAGCUGGAUCUGGCGAUAGACGCUCUUUACCUGGUUUCAUUCUUUGCGUCCAAAAUCCACAUCCAGCGGUCUAUAAAGGCAAGCAUGUGCCUGAUGAAGAUGGAGACGCUGAAAAUACUGAUCGACCGGGUGAAGGACAAGCCGCAGGGCGUGUACACGUACUACGACGAGCACACAGACAGCUGCAAGAGGGUGAGCAUCAAAAAGGUCGUGAAGAAGGGGAUAUAUGGCCUGCCAGACAAGACGGUGCCGAAGCAGGAGCAGCGGCGGUUUGUCCAUGCGGUUCGGCAGAACGAGCUGCUUGAGCAAAUAGACAAGCUGAAAAUCAUCCGAAUGCUUGCGUUCAGCGCGCUGGUGUACUACAGCUACACAGACCUGCCAAUCGACUCCGAGUUCAUAAACAGAGACAUCCCGGAGGUUCUGAACAUCAUCAACACAGAGAGCUAUGAGAUGCGAGAGGCUGCCCUGACCAUGGUCGACUCGAUAUUCAGAAUGCGCAUUCGGCACUCUUCUGUAAUAUCGGCGAUGAGCGCGCAGUCGCACGAGGGAAUGAUAAUGAACCUUUUGAAAAAAAUAGUAAACGAGGAGCUUCCAGAACACUUUGUGGUUGCGUUUUUCAACUUCCUUAGCUCGUGCUUUGCCUCUGCGCAGUGCGUGUCUGCGCUGUUCUCCGCGGGAAUUGUGCAGUACGUGUACAACACGCUGAGGGACCGGGCGGACAUUUCGUACAAGAAGAAAAUGCGUCUUGUGAUGGGGGCAAACACGUUCCUGUUUACGCUUCCGGCGCCUUUCACGUGGUUCAUCUCCGAAAACGGCAUGGGGGUUCUGUCCAAGCAGCUUCUGGCGGCGGUUGAAACGGUUUUGGGGAGCAUCGAGGACUACGACCUGCUGAUGUACAUCAACUCAAUCAUGAAGAUAGUCUCGCAGCUGUUCAAGAACGUGGGCACUGUGGAGGCCAUGCGCGGGUUUUUAGAGGGAGAGUUUCCCAAAGCAAUCACACAGAUCCUUUUCCACUCGGAAAAGUUUACCCCUUCUAUACUUGCGUAUCUGUUUUCAACCGUGUCGGACUACAUCCACAACGAGCCGUCGAAUCUUCUCUUUGUGGUUGAGGCCGGCAUAUUUGAGGGGUUCGUGAUGUGCAUGAAAAAAGAGCUCACAUCGUGCCCGGACCUGCUGCUGGAGUUCCCAAACAUCAUUGAGGCGUUUUUCCUAAACGCAGAGCUCAUCCGGAAAAUAGAGGAGGCAAACAUUCUGGACAAAAUCUUCCAGGGAUUCGAAAUGCCGAACAUGUGCAACAUAAUCAUGUCGUACGACAUCGCCAGCACGUACGGGGUGUUCCUGGAAAAUCUGGUCCGGCACUACCCCGUGGUGUCGGCCUCCGUGAAAGAGAGGAUAUACAACACGAUGAAGAACCUGGAGGCCCAGAUUCCCCACACAGACCAUGCGCUCAUGCUGGUUUUGCUGGAAAACCUGUUCCGGAUGGUCCACCGGGCAGUCUACAGAAAAACCACAAACAACCAGCUGAUCACCGAUAUGGGCCUGCUGAACAAUCGCAUCAUAAGCAUGCUCACGCUGAUCGAGAUUCCUCCAGACACCGAGCUGUACACGGACGUCAUGAGCAUACUGAUCGAAGUGUUCAACGAGGACCAGGCAUAUGUGAUUUCGUACAUUGCAAAGCUGGUUGACCGUGUGAUGAAAAAUAAAGUCACGCAGGAGAACGCGGACAAAAUAAAAAGGAUUCUACUGGUAGCAAACUACUUGCUGUUUAAGGCAGAGGACGCAAGCCGCGCGUUUAUAAAGCACUGCACUACAAAGGGCUUUCUGCAAACAGUCAUGCGAGUCAGCGAGUACUUUAACGACAUAGUCGUGGAGAAUGAUCCUGCCAAAAAACAGUCGUGCGAGAUGCUGAUAAACCUGUACUACUCGUUUACGCUGGGCAUCCUCAAGAACAUACACAGCGUGAAGGACAGCCCCAAGCAGUUCCUGAAGGUGUUUUCGAUGCUUGUAGAAGACUCCCUUGACAAGGCCGCACAGAACGAGUACGUGUACUAUUCCACCCACAUGCACGGCCUGAAAAACUACCUCCUGCUGGACAAAGACCCCGCAGGAUACAUGGCCGGAUACCACUUUGUAAUUACGCACGACUACCUCAUAGAAAUAAACGUGUGCGGGAGGCUGAUGGAGCAUGCCAGGAAGCUUGUGGGCAUGCACACAAAAAACGAAAUCGACGAGGCCUCUCUUAAAAAAACAGUCACCUCUAUACUCGAGCUGCUGUCCAUAUACAUCCGGGGAAUCAGGGGCAUUUUCUCCCCCGCAGAAGAGACUGCGCACAGAGAGAAGCUGUGCGAAAUUGAAGAGCAUGUUUUGGUCUUUGUAGAGCUUCUCCUGGAGCACAUAGACAAAAGCAGCAUAGAGCACCUGCUGAGCAUAGUCAAAACCGCGUUUUACUCCUUGCUGAAAACGCAGAAGAGCACAAAGACAGAGCCUGGCGCAGAGCCGGCUUUCCUUCCCUCGCACGCUCGGAGGGAGGCGCUCGGGGCUUUUUUCGUUUCCGCGUUUCUGAGUCUGCCAAGAAGCGAAACAGAGAGCGUGCUGAACGCAGAUAUUUUCACGAUUCUUCUCGCAGACGGAGCCACGUUCCGGCAGGUGUACGACAAGAAGUGCUACGAUCUGCUGCGGCACGCGGCAAUUAAAGACUCCUGCGCGUUCUUCCACCUGUACAGCUACUUGCCAGAAAUGACGGAGGUGGUUGGCGAGUCCACAGACCCGUCGUUCCUCAAGAUGUACGCAAUGGUUGUGCUGUUCACAGCGAUGCACGACACGCUGAAGAAAACGAGCCUUCUGGACAAGGCGCUUGGGACCAUCAGAUUCCACGAAACCACAGACGCAGGCGUUCUGGAGGGGCAGGGCGUCGUGCUUUUGGUGGUCACAAAGUUGCACAUUGAGUACUCGUUUGGGCUGCACGUAGAGGCCCCCAUGGAGCUUGUCGACAGAAUGUACAGCGCGCUGGAGAGCAGCCAGGCCCAGGAAAGCCUGCUUACCGUGAUAAACCUUCUGGUCAGAAGGAUGGUGGAGGGGCCAGAGGCCGUGCAGGAGACUGUGAAUAGCGUGAUCAAAAGCAAGCAUCUUGGAAAGUUCAGGAUGUACACCACACACACCACGUGCAGCAACCUGCGAAGCACAAUCUUCUACUCGAUUUCCACCGCGCUGAAGUACAUAACAGAGAACUUUGAGUGCAUCAGCGCAGGCUGGGACGACAUCAGGCACAAGCUCCCGGAAAACGUGAAAGCGCCUUCGGGGAGCACCGAGAUGUCGGAGGCCGCGCUGGAGACGCUCUCGGACGGGCUUUUCAACAAAAAGAUAAAGAAGUACUCGGACGUAAAGCCCGAGGUGUUCAGAGCCAUAUUUUCCACAGACACUGGAAGCACGCUCGAAAAAACGGCCCGCGUGCACUCGCUUUCUCUUCUGGUCGUGGCUUUCCCGCAGCUUGUCGCGUCCCUGGGAGAGGAGGACUAUCCAGGCUUCCGGAGGUUCCUGAGCUGGCACGCCAUGCACGCAAAGCUCACAAAACCUGGCACGAUUUCUGAGGAGGAGAAGGCGCUUGCCCACUGGUCCGGGCACUUUAUUGUCGCGGUUUUCAACUACACCAUAGGAAUCAGCAUUAAGAGACACCUCAUGGGGUAUAUCGUAGAGAUGAUACACGAGUCGAUGAACAACAUAGUUGUGCUUACAGAGCUCGUCCAGGAGAUUCUUGUCACCCGCUUCAGCAAGAACACCUUUGACGAGUGCAUCACGCUGAUCAAGGAAAUGUGCGUUUUGGAGUCGAUAAUCUCGCGCACGAUGGAAAUAGACAACAGGCGAAAAGACUACGGCGCCAUUCUGGAGGCGCUUGCAGGGCCCAUCGAGUACAUUACGCGGAUUGUUUCUGUCGACGAGAAAGAGGCGUUUUACGAGGAGGCCAGCCAGUCGGAGGAGGAGAUGUACUUUGAGGACAUUGACGAGGGGUACAUGGAGGACUUUGACACGGACGAAACCAUGGACAGCGACCAGAUGCUGUACGACGACACAGACGAGCAGUCGAACGAGGUGGAGGAGGCCAGCACAGAGGACUCUCUGACGGUGUACACGUCAGAGUCCAACAACUACGAGGAGUACACCUUGUCGGAGGAAGUCUUGCUGGAGGAAGAGGAGGCAGCCCCGGAGAAGAACGAGUUUCUAAAGUCGCUGGGAACGCCGUCCACUUCGAAAAUCCUCACGGAGGAAAUGGAGAUUUUUCUGGACGGGGAGCGCGCAAGCUUUAUCCAGAAAAUGCUCGAGAAAAUCAUACUUUCUGUUCUGCAGGAGAAAGAGCCUGCCCAGGAAGAGACGCCGCUGGAGGACGAGCCGCUGGAAAUUGACGCGGAAAACACGGAGGACACCGAGUACGAGGAGUACGAGGAGGAGUACGACGAAGAGGAAUACGACGACGAAGAGAGUUUUGCCACGGGAGAGGAAAUAGCGAUAGGCGACGAGAACGGAGAGGUGCCGGAGCUGGACGUGGAGGUCCUCAACAACCUCCCCAGCGACAUUUUGGAGGACACGGUGUUCCACUUCUACCAGGACCGGAUAGCCUCCAGCACGGAGUAUAGGCCCAUAAGCAUACACUUUUUGGACAGGCUGCGCGAAGAAGUGCGGAGCGUGUUUGAGGAGCAGGAGACUCGAUACAUGGAAACAUUCGCCGGAGAAGUCCCGAGGAGAGAGGAGAAAAAAAAGAGGCCGCAGGACGUGCCGUUUAUUGCCGAGCGAAAUGCGCUGAUGCCGUUCGAGUCUGACAUAGUCCCAGGCUUCAUUAGAAUGACCAUGUCGUACACAAACCGAAGACAUCUUUACAGGAUAAUACACAACAUGUGCUCCGACAGGGAAAUCCGAGAGUGCGUGGUGGGAGUGCUUGUGGGAAACAUCAGCCAGAAGCCGGCGGGGAACCCAUACAUAACAAGCUCGCCGAGCGGGGCAAAUGAAGUGGUUCCGGAGGUGACGGUGAAAAGAAGCUUUGAGGCACUCACGUACCUUUGCACAAAAUCGUCGGACAUCACGACAGUGUUCAGCACGAACAUCUCCUUGCUGAACCAGAUACUCCACAGCACGAACAAAAGAACUAUGCCGGAAAGCAUCAAGCUGCUCAGCACGAUUGGAGACUGCUUCGUGAACAACCGGGUGCAGGACCCGGGCAGCGUGCACAUCCAGAGCUACAUCGAGUUUCUGGAGUACGACAUGUCAGACGACACGUUUGCAAACUUCUCUUCUUUUAUAAAGAAAACAGACCGGUUUUACAGAAAAGAGUAUCUGGUCUACCUCGUGGGGGAAAGCAAGAAGGUGCUUGAAGAGUGCUUGAACAAAAUAGAGUUUAGCAGCCAGGCGUGCACAAAGGCAAUUUCCCGCCUUGUGCGCAUGGUCACGCUGAUAGGCGUUCUGGGAGUUACGCCGAGCUAUCUGGACGACCUCCUUGCGCUCCGGGAAAUGCCUUUCUGGGAGCACUACUUUGCGCACAUCCUUCCAAAGGAGAAGGAGGCGCUCUAUGUCUCCUCGCUCCUGCCGAUUUUUAAGGCGUUUAUCAUCGUGCACACUAUCCAGAUGCACACGGGAAGCAGCGAAGAUGGGAGCGAGUUCGAAGAGAUCACAAGCGAGCCCUCUAUAUACCACGCCGUGGUGGAAAGGGAGAAGGACCUGAUAAACACGUUCAUCCAGGCGGACCCGGAUCUGCUGUUUUCUUCGUUUGCAGGCCUGCCCAGGAAGAUCCUGGACUUCGACAACAAGCGGGUGUACUUCUACAAGAAAGUGCGGGGAGAGCAGCACCAGAAGUCAACAGUCCAGCUGAUGGUGCAGAGGGGAACGGUCUUUGAGGACACUUUCCACCAGCUCAUGCGCCUGCCCGGAAAGCAGGUGCAGCACGCCAAGUUCAACAUCAAGUUUGUGGGCGAAGACGGCGUGGACGCAGGAGGGCUUACGCGCGAGUGGUACUCCGAGCUGGGCAAAGAGAUGUUCAAUCCCAACUACGCGCUGUUCACGCCAAUAGGGGCUUCCUACCAGCCAAACCACAUCAGCCACAUAAACCCAGAGCACCUCGUGUACUUUAAGUUUAUCGGGCGCAUUAUUGGGAAGGCCGUGUACGACGAAAUGACCGUGGACUGCCACUUUACGCGCGCGUUCUACAAGCGCGUGCUCGGCAUCACAGUGGAUCUUAGCGACGUGGAAACCCUGGACCCAGAGUUCUACCGCUCGCUUGUGUGGAUUCUAGAGAACGACAUUGAAAAUGUCCUGGAAAUGACUUUUUCCAUGGAGCAGGACCAGCUCGGAAUCACGAAAAUAAUUGACUUGAAGGAAAACGGGAGAAACAUUGCGCUCACAAACCAGAAUAAGCGCGAGUAUGUUGAGCUCGUGUGCGGGUUUAAGCUUGUGAAGGUCGUCGAGCGGCAGCUGGCUGCGUUCGUCGAGGGCUUCUUCGAGAUUCUGGACAUGGACCUCAUAAAAAUGUUUAACGAGAAGGAGCUGGAGCUUCUGAUCAGCGGGCUUCCGGAGAUAGACGUCGACGACUGGAGAAACAACACAAUAUACUUUGGAUACACUUCUGACUCGCAGGUGGUCAGAUGGUACUGGAGAGCAGUGCGCAGCUUCACCAUGGAGGAGCGGGCGAAGCUCCUGCAGUUUGCAACCGGAACGUCCAAGCUCCCGCUCGAAGGGUUUGCAGGACUCCGAUGCCAGAACGGAAACCAAAAGUUCCAGAUCCACAAGGCAUCCGGCGGCUCCACCAGGCUCCCAACUGCACACACAUGCUUCAACCAGCUGGACCUCCCAGAGUACGACACGUAUGAGCAGUUUGUCAAGGCCCUCCUGUUUUCUGUCGAAGAGUGCUCGAGCGGAUUCGGUUUUGCAUAG